UCCCUGCGUCCUUUGUCAUUGGUUUACUGGGCAAUGGGCUGGCGCUGCAGAUGACUAUCUUCCGUAUGGCCCACACUGUUACCACCACCUGGUUCUUCAACUUAGCCCUUGCUGACUUCACUGUCUUGCUGUCCCUGCCUAUCUCCAUAUACAACACAGCCUCCCAGCAGUGGCUCCUUAACGAGUUGGCCUGCAAACUCUACAUGGCUUUUGUAGCCAUUGCCUUCUUACCAGCAUCAACCUUUUUAGUCCUCAUCUCUGUGGACCAUUGCAUCAUCAUCCUCUACCCCGUCUGGGCCUGAAACCACCGCACUGUGCAGAGAGCAUGCUGGCUGGCCGUUGGUGUGUGGCUCCUGGCUGCUGUCAUGUGCUCGCCAUACCUGAAAUUUCGAACACGAAAAUUGAAUGGAUGUGACUAUUGCUACUUCGAUUUCAACUUAGAGAAUGAGACUGCCCAGAAUUGGAGUUGAGCAGCUUUGAAGAGACAAAUGAUAGUAACACUCACUCACUUCCUGCUAGGCUUUGUGGGGCCCUUGGCAAUCAUUGGCACUUGUGCCCACCUCAUCUGGGCCAAGCUGUGGUGAGAGGGUUGGGUCCAUGCCAGCCAGCCAAAGAGGUUGCUAUUGGUGUUGGUGAUGCUGCUUACCCUCUGGGCUACCUUCUCCUUGGGCUGCCUCAACCCCUUCCUCUACAUCUUCAGCAGAGAUUUCCGAGAAAACAUUUUUCAGUCCUUGCCUUCUGCCCCAGCCAGGGCAUUCAGUGAGGAGGGGUUUCUCAGUCUUCCUGUCCCUGAGAUUAAGGCCCUGGAGGAUGAUGGAAACCUUCAGGUGGAAGCUGGAAGUCUUCCGUCUUAG